UCUCAUCGUAGCCAACAGAGGGUGAGUCGUAGUCGUAGCGCAGUGUAGAAAUUUUUGUGCUCCGAAGGGCUUGUGCCUGGUUUUUAUUUAUUUGUGCGCGCUUUUUGUGCAUCUUCGUGACGUCCAGUUCGACCGGCGACGUUAGGGGAGCGUACUUCACCAUACGAGAGGCGUUCGACAAUGUCAAAGCCAAGACCAAGACGCAUGUACAAGCAAAGGUCAUGUUUCGUGCCGUUGUGCACGACCGGAUACCGACCCACCACAAAGCGUGUCUCAAUGUUCAGCGCCCCACGCGACCCCGCGCGGCUUUCGGAGUGGGAGGCGAGAAUUAGGAGAGCGGACAAGAGGCUGACACCGGCAGCUGUGGUGUGUGAAAGGCACUUCGAAGACAGUUGUAUCGAGCGCACCUUCAAGAUAGUCGUCGACGGCGUGGUAAACGAGAUCGCCAGGGACAUACCCCGCCUGAAGCCGGAUGCCGUCCCCACCGUUUUCGAGGAUUACUCUGCUCACCCCGUUCCCAAAAAGCCAUUCCGGAGGAAGGCGAUAAGCUUUUGUGAGCAAGAGGCAGCGCAUGGUCCGGGCGAGCGGGACGGAGAAGACAAGGCAGCCGAAUCGUGCUUUACCGUCGACGAAGAGUCGGAGAGCCGCGACGACGUCUCCUUUUCGGGUGAAUCAGCGAGAUCCGCGGAAAGUGAGCACGAGGAGCACCUCGGUUCCAGAGAAGGAGAGGCGGACACCACUCGUGAAAAACCGAGCGGAAACGGGCGCACGUCUCCGAACUGUCGGAAAGGACACCCGUUCGAUGACAUUCAGAUUCCAGAAACAUGGACGAGGGUGCCUUGUCUGUCAGAAGGCAGCCUAGCCUACGCCUGUUGCCAAAUGCAAGAAAACGUUUUUUCGCAUCUGUUUAUAGAGAGGAUGGUUGUAUUUGGAGCAGCCUCGCCUGAUCAAGCUGCUGUCACGGCUACUGUUUACUUGAGGGGCAGGGAAAGUUUUAAGGAAGUUCUCACAACGCGGUGCGAAGCAGAAGAAUUUAUCAAAGAUAUCGAUGCGGUGUCCUUAUGCAACGGCUGUGGUGUGAAGCCGACCUCGGCCAAGUACACGUCGUACAGAGAGAUGUAUUUUGCAGAGAAAUGCCUUAUAAUUGCUGGUUCAAAAGGUGAAUCCUGUGUGCGCUGCAAACAUGCACAAAAGCUUGCACAACGCAAAAUAUGCAAGGUAAAAAAUAAAGGUUCUGCUCGACGACCGGAAAUAUAAAAAUGCUCAUCACAGCUUCGACCCAACAGUAAGGUGGCUCACAGAUGCACAGGCACAAGUGUGUUAAAAGAUUGACAGAAAAUGUCACAGUGACUGGACGUGCUUGAAGAAAGAAUGCAGUCAUUUCUCAUGAGAAGCAGCUUGUAAAGAACUGCUUGCUUACUGCUAGAAGAAAAUCGCUAAAGGUGUGAAGCGGGACAAAGAAUCGAAUCGAAUAGUGCUUGAUGUUGAGAAGUUGUAGGUAUUAUGAGCACAUCGGACAAGAAAGUAUAACAUUUCUGCCAAACACAGUUGCCUCGAAAAGUACCUUCAUAAAGGUGGUUUUGACCUAAACCCCAUCUUCACUGUUCUGAGAAAUGGCAAGAAGCACAAGCAUGCUCACCUGCCAUUUAGAUCUCAUCAUCAAUAAGAUAACACUGUUGAAGCAGCUUAAUGCGAAGCUAUCAGGUGGGUUUCUAAGGUGACAUCAAAGGUCUUGCAGUUCUGGGGAUGAGACAAAAUUGCAUUCUGGCAGACCAUGGAACAAUAGUAUCGCAAACUUGUAUGGGUAUUUCGAUCAAGUCAAGCAUGAGCCUGAAGUCAAGAUACAUCUCUGCAUAUGAGUGUUAACCUAAAAAUAAUGUGCUUCGAUAAAUAGCAUGAAGCUGUGUCUACUGCCGAAUGCCAUGGGGAACAAAAUGUUAAUCACUAUUCAGCCAGGGAAGUCUGGUUUCCCAAGCGGUGCAGAAUGCUCUACUACAUAAUUUCUUCUCCUUUAUGCCUGCUAUGACUGAAUAUUUGUUUCAGCUUUAUGUUUGAUCAUGCUCAGUUGAUGAUUUAAUGUAUUCAGAGCUUUUGAAAGAUAUUCAGAUUUGCAAAUAUUUACUAGUCUUCAAUUGGAGCAAUGUAUGGAAUAGCUCAAUAUUUAAUUCAUUAUUCAAAAGUUAUUUAUGUUUUCAUUGUUCUUAUGAUUAAUAUUAUGUUAAAAUAUGUCUGAUCAUGAACAGCAGGUUGCCAUUAGCCCUCAAGAAAAAAGUGUAUAAUAGCUGCGUCUUACCGGUACUCACCUAUGGGGCAGAAACAUGGAGGCUUACGAAAAGGGUUCUACUUAAAUUGAGGACGAUGCAACGAGCUAUGGAAAGAAGAAUGAUGGGUGUAACGUAAGGGAUAAGAAAAGAGCAGAUUGGGUGAGGGAACAAACGUGAGUUAAUGACGUCUUAGUUGAAAUCAAGAAAAAGAAAUGGGCAUGGGCAGGACAUGUAAUGAGGAGGGAAGAUAACCGAUGGUCAUUAAGGGUUACGGACUGGAUUCCAAGGGAAGGGAAGCGUAGCAGGGGGCGGCAGAAAGUUAGGUGGGCGGAUGAGAUUAAGAAGUUUGCAGGGACGACAUGGCCACAAUUAGUACAUGACCGGGGUUGUUGGAGACAUAUCGGAGAGGCCUUAGCCCUGCAGUGGGUGUAACCAGGCUGCUGCUGCUGAUGAUGAUGAAAAUAUGUCUGCUGUGAUAUGCAUCAUUUUCCCAAACAGAAGUGACUUGACUCUGUGCAUUCUUAGCUCUUGCUGACCAUGUCAAAAGACACUACAAAACAACCAGCAGACACAAAAAAACUUCAUUUUUUUCGGUGUUCCCACAUCUCAUUAAGAAUGCAACCAUUUUGGGAGGAUGCCUCAUGUCAUUAUUUCAUGAAACCGUGCAGCCAUCGGAUUGUGGACACCUGCAGACUAUGUCACUGCCACAAGGAAUUGCCUUAAGGUUGAUGUUAGAAUACGGUUUUCCUGCCCCACAGGGCUGCCAUUAUGUUGAAUCUGGACCAGUGAAUAAAAAUGAUAUUCUCCCUAAA